AUGGACAACGAAGUAGGCUGUGAUGAUUGUUUGGCAGCCUUGUGUAGAGAACUGGGCAACCUCUGGUCGGAAGACGAUAUAGUGUUAUUGACAGGCGAGAUCCCUGCAGAAAAACAAAUAGAAUGUGAGCUAAUGUUGUAUGGGAAGCUGAUUUCGAAACCAAACGUGAACUAUCAAGCUUUCCUAAGUACGAUGAAGAGAGCUUGGAAGACCGACAAGGUAGAGUGCGAGUUAAUUGAGCCGGGGUUCUUCUCUUUCUCGUUCAGUUCAAUUGAGGAAAAAAUGAGAGUUUUGGAAGCAGGACCAUGGUCUUUUUCCAGUAACUUACUUGUACUACUACAAGGUGACCCGGAUACUCUCGACCAUUGCUAUGAAUUCUCUCAUUGUGCCUUUUGGGUACACCUAGUAGGCAUCCCACGUGGGAGGAUAUCAAAUGAAGUGGCUCGGGAGGUUGCAGGGAAAAUUGGCAAUGUUCUAGAAGUGAAAUUUGAAUCUAAAGGAGGCAGCCCAAACAAGAGCUGCAAAGCAAGGGUCCAAAUGGACCUCUCCAACCCUUUGAAAGCGGGGACCAUUGUAGACCUGGAGUACAAAAAACUUUGGCUGGACUUUAGAUAUGAAAGACUUCCACACUUCUGCUAUACUUGCGGCCGUAUAGGGCAUUAUGCUACAUACUGCAAAGUGGUGCCAUUUGAGGAGUCGGGGCCAAUAAAAAAUACAAGGGGCAAAUUCGGACAAUGGUUGAGAGCGGAAGUACGCGAACCCAGCCCUUUUUGGAAGAUCUUUUACGGAAAGAAUAAUCCUAUGCCUGAAGAAGAUGUUAUUAUUCCGGAAACACCAAGGGAUCUAAUCCCUAGGGAGUUAGUGACGCCUAGAGCUAAGGAGAAGGAAGUAGCUGGGCUCGCUUGGGGACAAACCACAUGCUGA